GAGUCACUGAGCCAUGUGCUCAUAAAUGAUGACACUGCCUUUCUGCUACCUAAGGAAAUGAGGAAGUGACGGAAGAUGGAAAUUUAAGGGAAGUCGAUGAGAGAAACAAAAUGUUAUGAUUUAGACAAAUCGAGGGCAGUGAGCGUCUGGCUCCGCUCAGGAGGGCACUGGCAUUUGGCGGUGACCAGGGAGGGAGCCCUCAGGCAGGACCAUGUGGCUGCUCCCACCAAUGCUCCUCCUCAUCGUCCCAGGCUCAUCAAUCGACAUCUCGGGUCCAGAAGCAGUGAGAGGUCUGGAGCGGGGAUUGCUGACUGUGCAGUGUCACUAUGACCCAGGGUGGAAGGCAUACCUGAAGUGGUGGUGUCGAGGGGCUGUUUGGAGCAGUUGCAAGAUCCUUGUUAAAACCAAUGAAUCUGCAUUUGGGGUGAAGGAGCGUGUGUCCAUCUGGGAUGAUCAGAAAAACCGCACAUUCACUGUGACCACGAUGGAUCUCAGGCGAGAAGAUACAGACACUUACUGGUGUGGGAUUGAGAGAACUGGAACUGACGCUGGGUUCCCUGUUAGAGUGACCGUUGACCCAGGCUCAUCAGUUGACAUCUCGGGUCCAGAAGCAGUGAGAGGUCUGGAGCAGGGAUCGCUGACUGUGCAGUGUCAGUAUAAACCAGGGUGGGAGGCCUCCAGGAAGUGGUGGUGUCGAGGGGCUGAAUCCGGCAGCUGCAAGAUCCUUGUUAAAACCAAUGAAUCUGCAUUUGGGGUGAAGGAGCGUGUGUCCAUCAGGGACGAUCAGACAAACCACAUGUUCACUGUGACCAUGAAGGAGCUCAGGGGAGAAGAUACAGACACUUACUGGUGUGGGAUUGAGAGAACUGGAACUGACCCUAGAGUCCCUGUUAGAGUGACCGUUGACCCAGGUAAGAGCAAGUGCAUGUGUGUCUGUGUCCUUUCAGGGCCUGCUCUGCCCUGGUCCCUGAGGUCCCUCUCCAGUGACUGA